GAAAUGCUGCGAAACGUCCCAGCAAAAAGACUCAUUCUCCUAGGUCGCGAAGGUCAACUAGCCCUCUUCAACGAUGCUUCGGACAAUCUCGACAAGCUGCGUGCAGAAGGGCAACGCACGAUGCAGUCAGGACAACCGCGACAUGAUAAGCAGCGUGGGUGGUGCAGAUUACCAUGUCCUAAUGCCCCCGCAACUGUCACAACCAUCGAUAACCAUCGACAACCAUCGACAACCAUCGUCAACCGUUGAUCUUUUUUUGGUCUGCGCCUGAUACUUACCGGCAGCACUUGCACCAUAAUCCAGGCCACUACCGAUCGUUGACGAUUCGCCAUGAAUAGCCACACUCGACGUCGCCGCCGCGAAGACUUCCAAAUCGCCCUCAUAUGCGCCCUACCCCUCGAAUACGAUGCCGUUGUCUUCGCUUGCGAUGAGAUAUGGGAGGAAGAUAGAGCGCAGCUAGGAAGUGCACCAGGAGAUUACAACACGUACAGCACCGGUCGGAUGGGAAGCCACGACGUCGUUCUGCUUCUCCUCCCUAACAUGGGGAAAAGCAGCGCAGCGAGCGCGGCGGCUAGUCUCCGAUCGAGCUUUACUGGGAUCAAGCUGGCCAUCUUGACUGGCAUUUGCGGUGGAGUGCCUGGAAUCGGUACGAGCAACGAGGUUUUCCUUGGGGAUGUGGUCAUCAGCAAGAGCAUCAUGCAAUACGACCUGGGCCGAAAGUAUCCAAAUCGAUUCGCUCCGAAAGACACCGUUGAGGACAGCUUAGGAAGGCCUAACAAGGAAAUCCGAUCGCUUGUUGCGACAUUUAUGACGCUUCAUGGCCGCAGUGUUCUGCAGCGCCGAGCUAGCCACGUCCUGGGGCAGAUUCAACAGAGGGCAACCGACGAGGGACAUCAGAACCUGUACAGACGCCCUCCCGCAGCCGAAGACCGCCUUUUCAAACCAGGCUGUCUUCACAGGCACUACGAUUCUCCCGACUGUGGCUGUAGUGAAUCAGAUGCAUGUGAAAUUGCCCUGACCACUUCUUGCGAGGUGCUUCAAUGCGACUACUCGUGUCUCGUUCCUAGGAGCCACCUUGAGACAGUGACUUCGCGAGAGCAGACACAAGAUGGCACCGUGACGCGGGAGAUUCGAGUGGUAGUUGGACGUGUGGGAUCGGGCGACACCGUGGUGAAGGCUGGCUUGGAUCGCGACAGGAUUGCUAAACAGCAUGAUCUUAUUGCCUUCGAGAUGGAAGGAGCCGGCGUUUGGGAGGAGAUUCCGUGCAUCAUCGUCAAGGCAGUCUGUGACUAUGCAGACAGUCACAAAAACAAGAAGUGGCAGCACUUUGCUGCAGCAACAGCAGCUUCAACAACAAAGGCACUUCUCGAGCAUUAUGCACACAUGGACAGUCCUCCGGCCCCUCACACAUGGUUUCUCGUUCCGUAUAACGAAAACCCAGACUUCGUUGGACGAUCCGAUGUUCUCAAUCAAAUCAAACGGCUUUUUGGGGACGAACAACAACUAGGACAGUCUCAAAAACUGCGGUCAAGAGUUGCGAUUUAUGGGCUUGGAGGUAUCGGGAAAACGCAGAUUGCGCUCGCUUAUGCGCUCUGGCUGCAACACGAGCGCCCAGAUGUCUCCGUGUUUUGGGUUCAUGCGAGCAAUGCAGAGCGAUUUCGUCAAGCGUACUCCUCUAUCGCUCAAGAGUGUCACAUCCCUGGAUACGACGAUCCCAAAGCUGAUAUACUUAUGCUUGUUAAAACCUGGCUUGAGAAGACUGUGCGAGGCCGGUUGCUUAUGGUAAUCGACAACGCCGACAACACGCAACUGUUCUUCCCGCCGUCAUCUCAGGGAGAUAGCAUCGACACACAUUCGACAGCCGAGACACGAGGUGGCUUAGCACGCUACAUCCCCGAAUGCGUUCACGGAUCCAUUCUCAUCACAACAAGGAACAAGCAAACUGCAUCGAGGCUUGUACGAGGGAACUCACUCCUCGAAAUCGGAGGGAUGAAUGAGAGUGAGGCAAGUGAGCUACUUCGCUCAAUACUCAAUGACGAGGUUUCCACCGAGGAGGCAUCGAAUCUCUCCAUCCGGCUUGAGCAUCUCCCUCUGGCGCUUACGCAGGCCGCUGCAUUUAUGCAAGAGAACAGCAUUUCCAUCUCCAAAUACAUUCGGCUCCUUGAUGAAAGCGAUGAGAGCCUAGUGGACCAACUCAGCGAGCCAUUCGAGGCAAUUGGUAGAGACUCAGAGACACCGCACGCACUCACAGCUACAUGGAUUGUCUCUUUCAACCAGAUCCAGCAACAGGAAGCUCUUGCCAGUGACGUGCUAUCUUUUUGUAGUCUGUUAGACCGCCAAGGCAUUCCCGAGCAGCUUAUAGUUAGCUUCUGCGACCAGAGAAACGAGAAGGGACGACAGAUCAGCACAGGCAAAAUCAUCAAGGCCCUUGGGACACUUAAGGCCUUCUCGUUCGUAUCGGAGGCAAAGAACAAUUCAAUUGAUAUGCAUCGGCUGGUGCAGCUGGUCACACGAAAAUGGCUAGAAAUUCAAGGGGGAUUGGCUGGUUAUGCGGAACAAGCGCUACGGAUAGUGUCAGACCUAUAUCCGUACGGUCGACACGAAAGUCGACAGGUUUGCCAGGAUUACCUUCCCCAUGCUAAUGCUGUGCUUCAAAACCAGGGGACUGGUUCUGGCGAUGAGCGACUUGCGAGAGCGUCCCUGCUACUAGAUAUGACAGGCUAUUUUAUAUAUCGCGGUCAGUGGACACAGGCAGAGCAGGGUGCAGAUCAAUCCUUGAGGCUGCGGAAGGAAAUCCUCGGGGAUGAACAUCCCUCGACGCUCACCAGCAUGGCCAACCUGGCAGCGACGUAUCGGAACCAAGGGCGGUGGAAGGAGGCGGAAGAGCUCGAAGUGCGUGUGAUGGAGACGAGAAAGAGGGUGCUUGGCGAUGAACAUCCCGACACGCUCGGCAGCAUGGCCAACCUGGCAUCGACGUAUUGGAACCAAGGGCGGUGGAAGGAGGCGGAAGAGCUAGAAGUGCGGGUGAUGGAGACGAGAAAGAGGGUGCUUGGCGAUGAACAUCCCGACACGCUCGGCAGCAUGGCUAACCUGGCUCAUACAUGGAAUAGACAGGAGCGGCAGGUCGACGCAAUCCAGUUGAUGCGCGACUGCCUCCGGCUCCUACAACGCUGCCUCGGAGUUGAUCACCCUUACACUAGAUCGUCCCUUUCAGAUCUUGAGGAGUGGGAAAGCAAUCUAACACAAGAUAAAGGGCAGGCUGUAGCUGUGAAGAAGCGAUUCAGCUUCAAGGUUCCAAUACGGAACAAGCGAGUCAUAUUUAAGCGCGAUUUUUAUAGAUAGUAAGAGAUCAGCUAGACAUUGACAAAUCCAGGCGAUUAUAGUGUCACUCUGAAUGACCUACUAUGCCGACUGAUCCAGACGAUCAUCAU